AUGGUCGCUUACGGAGGAGAUGAAGUAAAUGCUCUUGUUUUGGACAUUGGUACAAGUUCAGUUCGUGCAGGUUAUGCUGGAGAAGACACCCCUCGAUGUAUGUUCCCUACUCGCUUUGGAUAUCUUGAACAAGGACAGCAACAAGACGGAGAAGACGUAUCAAUGGAUAUGAAGCGACAGUAUUACAUUGGUGACAACAAGAUAAACAAGCUCAAAAGCCACAUGGAGAUUAGACAUCCUUUAAAAGACGGCAUAAUCGAGGAUUGGGAGGCCAUGGAAAAUAUUUGGGAAGAAACAUUCCGAUCUAUGCUAAGCAUUCAACCUGAAGAACAUCCUUUACUGUGUACUGAACCAGCAUGGAAUACAACUGAGAAUCGAGAAAAGGCAAUCGAAUUGGCUUUUGAAAAAUUCGCAUUUCCUGCCUUUUACCUUGCUCAGGAUGCCGUAAUGACAGCAUUUUCUGUUGGAAGAGGAACAGCACUCGUACUUGAUUCAGGAGCAGGCGUGACAAGUGUUGUGCCUGUAUAUGAAGGAUAUGUGUUAAAAAAAGGAAUAUUGCAUCAACCUGUCGCUGGAGACAUGUUAGCAGACCAAAUCAAGCAAUACCUGGAGAAAGAGUUGAACUAUAAAGUAACACCACAUUAUACAAUUGCUAAAAAGGAGGCAGUUGAAGCAGGACAACAACCGCAGAUAGAAUUAAAGUCAUUAGACGGAGUAACUGAAAGCUUUCAUGAUUAUCAAGUGAAUAGAGUCUUGAAUGAAUAUAAAGAAACUUUGUGUGAAGUAUCCAAUGUGACAUUUGAUGAAAGUCAACUAGAGUCAAAACCAAAGAAAUUGUUUGAAUUUCCUGAUGGAUAUCAUAAAGAAUUUGGCAUAGAACGACUUAAAAUGUCAGAGCUAUUCUUUCAACCAAAGCUAGUUUUGGAUCAGGAAACAAACUAUUUGGGAGCACAUGAAAUGAUUUAUAAUAGUGCAAGUAGCUGUGAUGCUGAUCUUCGCCCACUUUUAUUAAACAAUAUUGUUAUCACUGGAGGAAAUACGUUACUGAAUGGAUUUACCGAGAGAUUAAACCAUGAGUUACCGAUAAAGGCGCCUGGAAGUAAAAUCAAGAUUCAUGCAUCAGGAAAUACAGUGGAACGUAAAAGCGGCAGUUGGCUUGGUGGAUCUAUUUUGGCAUCAUUAGGUACAUUUCAUCAGUUAUGGAUAUCAAGGAAAGAGUAUGAAGAGCAUGGAAAGUCUAUUAUUCACAGAAAGUUAUGA